AAGGAAUACAGUAUAUGCGCCUGCAUGUGUGUGUCAAGUGUUUGCACGCCGGUCUGUCCCUGCGUUCCCCGUCUCCCGGUGGUCCCUCCCCACGUGGAGUGAUGUUUACAAACAGGCCGGCGGUACAGCGGCGGGUGCCGGGCCCGCGGUACAACAAGCCACGCGCGCGCGCGCCCCACGCGCAGGCAGGCCAAGGGAGCGCGCGCCGAGGGGGAGAGACGAGGAUCCGGGGAGGACAUCCAUCAGUCGCCACAACACCAGCGUGCAAGGUGAGUGGCUAGGCGGCCAGGCUGCACGGACACCGCGCGUGAGAGCGAGCCUCUGGAGAGUCGUGGGGCGGGUUUUUUUUUCGGGGUGGGGGGGACCGCUGGACCUCGCCACUUGAAGCCUGUCGUCGUGGUAGCGGGCGCUCGGGGGCUCGUGUGUGAAGACAUCUCAGCAACUGGAGAUUUGUUCUUCAAAAUUCUGGAUUGGAUUUAAUGUGCUGCCACUGGGAUUUAUUGCAACCGUUAACACUAAGUGUCGUGUGAUCAUCGUGCGAGGAAACAUGGAUUGUUGUCACUGAGGACGAACAACUUACUGUGUUUUCAUUUCUCUCGUCUGAUUUGAUUUUCUUCUCGUGAAAAGUGAGUAGUGCAGGUUUGUUUUCUUCAUUCUUCUGUAAUUAAAAAUUUAACUGUUUAAAAACCGGAAUUAUACAAUUUGCAGAUUUCACACUGGAUUUAUCGUGGAUUGUUUUUCUGCGUGAAACGAAAAGUGCGAGCUUCGACAAAAAGUGAAUUUUGUGGUUUGUUGUCGGACAUUUGACCCUAACAUUUGCAUGCAGGGUUGAGUUUGGGGGAUCAAGAUGGACACUUGUCCGGUGGUAGUGGCCAUGCGGCUAAAGAUAGGGCUGGGUGCUUAGGUUGUGGGACGAAGUUUGUCCCCCUGUCGCUGGAGGGGAAGAGGUUCACUUUUGCUCGGACCCUGAGAUUUCGUGGUCCAGGAUAUUGAGGCGACAUGGAUGAGGAGCUGAAGUGUCCGGUGUGUCGGAGGACCUACACCAAGCCUGUCCUCCUGCCAUGCUCUCACUCCAUGUGCGUCGCGUGCGCGCUGUCACUGCAGGAGCCAGCCUCCAACCACCUCCCGCAGACCACCCUGGAGGACGGCACCCCGGUGCCCAGCGACCAGAUCUCGCUUCUGGACUUCCCCGACAUCGACAAGCUGAGCAUCGUCAGCGAGACGGACAGCGGGGUGGUGUGCAACAGCCGGCCGUCCAGCUACGUGGGGACCCCCAGCGUGGCCAACAUCUUCCUGCAGUCGCUGCAGUCGUGCUCCUGGGCCAUCCGCUGCUGCGUGUGCCAACGGCUGGUGUUCCUAGAGGAGAAUGGCGCCCUGUCUCUGCCCACCAACCGCGCCCUGGAGACCAUCGUGGAGAAGUACCAGAACCGCAAGAAGGUGGACUCCAAGUGCGACAAGUGUACGGAUCAGGGUCACGUGGCUGUCACGGCCACCAGCAUGUGCGCGCAGUGCGAGAUUUUUUACUGUGAUGCCUGUCGUGAUGCCCACCACCCGGCUAAAGGGGCGCUGACCAAGCACAACUUGGUGGACCCCACCCAGGGUAACAUGAUGCGCAAGCGCAAGGCGGCCAAGGACUUGAAGUGUCACGAGCAUCCCACGGAGUUACUGGCCAUGUACUGCAUCAGCUGCCGCCUGCCGGUGUGAACCUGUGCCUCCGACGGUCGCCACAUGAACCACGAGGCGCAGCCCCUGGCCUCCAUGGCCAAGAGUCAGAAGAGCGAGCUGUCGCAGAACCUGCAGUCGUUGUCGGAGAAAGCGAAGUCUGGCACGGAGUUUAUACAACGGUUAAAAAAGAUGGCUGACAGUGUCAGUGGAAACUGCGCGGAGUUCGAGAAGACCGUCAUCGCUCAGUGCGAUGCUCUCAUGGAGCUCAUCAAGCGCCGGAAGGAGGAGCUGCUGGUCAGCGUGCACGAGGAGCGCGAGGUCAAGGUCAUGACCCUGAAGGAGCAGGUGUCGGACUGCACAGCGCUGCUGCACCGCACCACUGGGCUGCUGCAGUUCUGCAUCGAGGUGCUGAAGGAAACGGACCACGCCUCCUUCUUGCAGGUGUCCCCAGGCUUGAUCAACAGGGUUUCAUUGGCGGACAUCAAUUUUAACAAAGAGAUGGAGUUGGCUCCCAGGGUGUCGCCCGAGUUCGAACUGACGCUGGACAACACCCCGUGUAUACACACCAUAGAAAACAUGAACUUCUUCCAGAUGAAAGAUGGUAUCAUAGCCCCCGGAAGGCCGUGCAUCAUCCCGGAGGAGUGUUCGUGCCAGAACAACAGCGUGACCAUCGCGUGGACACCCUACCAGGGGGGAGUGGUGGAGGCCUACACCCUGGAGCUGGACGAUGGCAAUGGAGGCGACUUUCGCGUGGUGUACGUGGGCCGGGAGACCAUCUGCACUGUGGACGGCCUGCACUUCAACAGCAUCUACAACGCCCGCGUCAAGGCCCACAACCACGCCGGCGAGAGCGAGUACAGCGACAUCGUCUCCCUGCAGACAGCGGAAGUGGCUUGGUUUACCUUCGACCCCGGCACCACACACCCGGAUGUGUUAUUCUCCAAUAACAACCUGAGUGUCACGUGCAGCAGCUUUGACCAUCGUGUUGCCAUGGGAACCGUGGGCUUCUCUAAGGGAGUUCACUACUGGGAGGUCAUCAUUGACCGCUACGACUGCCAUACAGACCCCUCCAUCGGCAUCUGCCGCUUUGAUGUGGACAAGAACCUCAUGCUGGGGAAGGAUGACAAGGCGUGGAGCAUGUACGUCGACGACAAGCGAAGCUGGUUUCUGCACCGCGACGAGCACACCAAUCGCACUGACGGCGGCAUCAAGCGAGGGUCGGUCAUCGGCCUCCUCCUGGACCUCAACCAGCACACCCUUAGCUACUUCAUCAACGAGGUCCCCCACGGCCCCAUCGCUUUCACGGACCUCCACGGGGUGUUUUUUCCCGCCGUCAGCAUCAAUCGGAACGUGCAGGUGACCCUUCGCACGGGGCUGGAGCCGCCCUUGGAGAGCGAGCCGAGCGAAAGCGAUGAGGAGUAGCGAGACGAUGACUAGAGGAGAGACACGAUGACCAGGUGGAUGGACUCGACGUCCAAUCUGAAGAUUUACCAAGGUGUGACUUGAUAAGGGACGAUAAUGUGUACAGGUAAGGGACGAUAAUGUGUAACAAGGACGCUGGUUGCCAGAACAACCAUAGCGAUGAGACUUUUGUCAUUUGAUGUCACGAACAUUCGAGACUGAGCUGAAAUAAUUUUGUUUGAGAAAGAAAGAAGGAAGGAGCUAUUGGAGAAAAUGCUACGUCUAUGGCCUCACGUGAAGCUGUCAUGGUUGAUUGAACACAAGGACAUUUUUCAAACAGACUUGUAACAGACUUGGAUCCUUUAGGAAGUGUGAACUAAUUCUGCCGUGGAGAACAUGUGGAAUAAUGGAAACUACACCACAAGAUCAAAGCGAGACAAACCAGACCCUAAUCAGGGUCUCAAGAAUCGCCUGAGAAUAUCUCAAGAGUAAAGCUUUGGAAAGGGAGUGAAAUAUAAGACGAGGGCUGAACAUGAGAAAUAAGAUACAGUUCUUUUAUGGCUGAGGACAUUCGGGAAGCACAACUGCCAAAAAAAAAUUUAGAAAUGCAGCCUGGCAAAGUCAGCAUAUCAGAAAAUAUUUUACUGAUUGUGUGGCUGACUAUGCGGAAAGGAAGCUGAUUUCAAACCUUGAAAAACGUCGAACAAAACUGUUGCGAUGGAAAUGUGAACAUGGUACUGAAACAGAAGGACAAGUAUUUCUUUCACAAAAGAGUCUUUAUCAAAAUAUAAAAAAUUGUUUUUCAUAUCUUAACCCCUCUCCGAUACCGCAAAGAAGUGAGACUUCUGAGAGGGAGGUGAGCUGAGAGGAGGAGUGGACAUAGAACUUGUUUGAUGAGAAAGUUUCUUGUUUUGUUUUCCUUUCUAUGCCUUAACUGUCUGCAAGACAAUGCGCGUGGUGGCGCGUGAGGAUGGAGAUGUGAAUGUUUGCUUGGCAUCAGGACUGGAGAGACCAACGAGUGCUGAAUCUUGCCAACCUUCUGUUGGAAGUGAGGCAGACUGUCACAGGUGGAGAUCGCCGCACCUUGGGUCAUGUCUGUGUUUCCAUACGAACUUUUUAUAAUUGACUGUGCAAGUGGUUGAAUGGUUUUAAUGUUAGAUGUGCGCUGCGAUGCAAUAUACAGUACAGCCCUUUAAGCAUGUUAAAGUGCCAUCCGCUCCUACUGAGUGCUGCUCGCUAGACAGGGCGUCAGCCAACCAGUGAACGACAGGUGUGUCAAAGGUCAUCUUAACCACCUGCCGCCCUUGUUUUCAGAAGCCUUGUACCCGGUAGCAGCCAGCAGAGCGACAUCUACAACACGUUGAGAUUGUAUGAUUGAUAAGCCUUGUGACCCUGUCCACCUCUUGUGACCUCAAGGUUAAUUAAGUCAUACAUCCAACGUCACAUCCGGCGGAAGUGGAGAUCAGUACCAUCAACUCCGCAUCUGGAGUGGACUUCCCGAUGGCGGGGACGAGUCUGUUGAAGACAAUGGCCUAAAAUGUUGUCUCACAUGUAUUGUAUGAGCAGUAAAUAUGGGGCUUCGAGAAGGUUCGACGAUUUGCUGUCUGGUCAGUCCAAUAUUUUCACCUGCUGACUGCCAGCUGACAUGUUUUGCCAAAACUAUCGACAAUGGACAGGAGGUGGUGAAACGCCUGUCAGAGGACACAAAUGGUGAAGAAGCUAUGUGACAUGUUGUGUGAUAGUUCAUGGACUAAUUUAAUCACAAGAGAUGCUGCCUGUGUACAUUGUAUCUAUGUACAGCUUCUUGCUCCGUGUCUGUGUACUUGUCCUCUUUAAUUAUGACAUUUUAUCAGCUUGCGCGAAUCUGUAUUGUAUGCACCUUGCAUUUGCCAGGCUUGUCAGAUGGAGAGAGAAUUUUCCUUCCUCCUACUUGUGGUGUCGGUGUCCAUGCAUCCUUUGAUCACUCAGACCCGAAAGGUCCUCCCAGUUUCUUCCCCUGUAAGUCAGAACUUUUCACACAAAAUAGUUUGUCGAGUAACAUAGGGACUCCUACCACCUUGUUACCCCCUGGCAUGGCCCUCUCCCCCAUUUCAUCUCCUCCGUCGAUCGUUCCAGUCUGUCGGAUUAAUCAAACUUUGGAAGCUAAAAUAACUUGGCCAGGGCCGACUACUCUAGCGAUGCCGGAACAUCCGACAGUUUCUUGUGCCCUCAGCAAACGGUUUUUAGAUUACAGCCCCGGGGUGGAUCAUGCAGCCACUCUUCUGCUUCAUAUUGGUUUUCAUUUCUUCCUUUUUUCCACUUAUUUUUUGUUUAUUUCCUUACAUCAGCUUCUCGUUCCGUGUAAAAGUGUUGACUUCAUGCUUUCUCUCUGUGACUUGUUUUUGUGUUUAUUUCUACCUGAACCAGCUAUUGUGUUACCUGUCAGCUUUUUCUCCUUUUGCUUAAAAAGUGUACAUACAAGUGUGAUUGACUGAUUGUACUUUUAUUUUGCUUUGGAAGAAAACUCCUUUCAUCUUGGAUAUUUUUGUAGGUAUUUUUCUAGCGCGUCGGUAUAUUUUUUCUAGUUCAGGAAGUGAAUGAGUGAUAGCAGUCAGUAAAUCAAUCCAACAUUCCAGAGUGCUGCAGUUCGCUUACAGCUGCCAUUGACCCGUGAAUGCCAAGAGAAAAAAGCUUUUCACGGAUUUCUACAAAAUUAAAAAUACUGCUUCAUUGAUGGAGGGGUUGGCAUAGAUGGAAGUUUGUGUUAGGCUGAGAGAAACCGCGGACAUAGUUUUGAACUGAUGAACUAAGGAAACAAGCAGGUCAAAGCCUGGAAUUGUUUAUCAAGGGGUUUAAUAGGGUUUAUCAGGGUACUUGAAGGUCAGGAGAAAAGCUUGAACCGAUUUAUUGUCGUCAGUUUUGUUUUCGACUUUUUUAAAGUAAAGAAUAAUAUGACAGUACAAGGAAAUCAAGUAACACGACGAUGACCGCAAGAUAACCAUGACCUUAUGUCAUCGCCUCUAGAUGAGGUUGGUGAAAAUCAAUUCACAGGUCGGAGUAAUUUAAGUGAAAAUGGAGAACUCCGCCCGACGGCAAAAAAAAAAGGUCUUUUAAAAUUCGUGGCAGUUAUCACAGAAGAGAAGGAAGGAAACUGAAAAAUCAAUGCAAUAAUGUUCUGUCUGGUGGAGAAUCAUUUCAGCAUAUUCAUUAAAAAAAGUACUCGAUGAUUUUUUUUUUAUCAGUUAUGUGCUUGUGGUGCCGGAAGACCUCUCUCCUCCUUUGGUGCAACAUUUUUUAGUAUCAUCAUCGUCGUCGUCGUCUUUUCUGCUUCCUUCAGAUUGCCAUGAGUGUGCAUGUCCCGAAAUAAUGAACCUUCGGGCAUGCACGAGUGUGGAUGGCAACAAGCUGUCUUUAUAUCUCUCUCCUCUAAUUGAUAGUCUGCCUGCCUAUAUGUCUACCACUUCUAAUUGACAGCCAACUUUGGUAUCACGAGAAAUUGGCUUCCAGUGGUCUGCCAAAGACACCCUGUUGCCUGUCUCCCAAGCCCAGGCCCCUCACACUCCCCUCUACCCCCCGAAGGAAACCCUUUUCUAAUCUCGUUAUCUCGGUCCAGUCAGCGAACGGAAAGAUUCAAAGACCCGCUUUUUCUCUCUCUCUCCCUCUAAUCGAACUUGUGCUACCCAUCCAUUUACAAAAAGUGUGGCUUCACUUCUAGUCCUCCUUCUCUGCCCUUUCGUCCCCGAGUCCUCGUGGUGUAGAAUAAAUUGCCUUUCUGGUCCAUCUUCUAGCGGACUUUUUUUUUUUUUCGUCCUCUUCCAUCUCAUCCUCACCAUCAUCAAUAUAUUUUCGCCUCACUCUUCAAUCCAGUUCCUUCACUACUUCGAUUUUAUUUUUAUGUCCGUACUUCUUGUCACCUAAAUUCUAUUUAUUCGCUUUAGACUCCAGUUCUCUCCCCUUCCUUUGCGGUUGUCCUGCCUUAGCUGUUGAACACAUCCUUCUUACUCACUGUCUUCCCUUUCUUAAUCAUCUCUUAUGAUGGCAGCUGAACUAUUUAUCUACCGUUAGCUUCUCGCUGUUCAAGUGUCCACUCUUAACGAGUGUCUUUGAUAUUUCAUUUGUCUCUACUUCAGUUUCUUUCAGUUGUAUUCCGACUGCUUACCUUUCCUUCCAAACAAGGAUUCGUUCAUAGUUCUUCUACAUUUUCUCCUCUACAGAUCGCCUUCAUAUCGGAAAGAUGGAUAAGCUAGUUAAGGACAAUGACAAGAUGUAUCUUUUCUAAGGUCUCAGUACUUCGCUGUCUUUAUUUUGUUCCUAGUCUUGGGUGGCUAUGGAGGACAGCUAGGCAUCCUCCCAGUUAUUCAGACACCGAAGACCGUUGGAGAUGUUAGUGUCCAGAAUGUCACGGUCUGCUCUAUGAAGACGGGUGGAAAAGAUGGUAUAGUGACACCUGGUGGGGAGAUAACCUUGCAACAGGAGGCUGUGGUCCUAGGGUCUAAUGUCUUGGGGAAGGAAAGGUGAAAAUUACACCUGAGACGACAAAUGUUUUGACCUGCGUGCCCGAGUGCCGGACAAGGUCUUGUCUUACUGAGGUCAGGUCAAGUUCUGUGAUCACUUACAAGUCUUCCAUGUCUUAUACAAUGCUGAUUAGCCAGGGUUAGCCAACCGACAUCACAUUAGCCUCCAACAAGUGAUCAGAAUAUGGAAAGGAAACAUAGUUAACAUCCGAUCCGCCCUGAGAGAGAGAGAGCAAGGUGUCGGGGUGUCCGUCCUCUCCUCCGUCAACAGAUGCAUAUUUCAUGGAGGCCAGGAGGAACGAUCGACAGAAUAAACUGCAACCUGUUACCCGCCUAAUCCACGUGCACACAGGCUGUUGCUGGGAAAAGCUUCAUCAAGGGUCGUUGGGGUGAUGGAGGUGAGGGUGAAGGACUCUCGUCGCUGCACGCAAUUAAAGAACAGAGAACUCUUAGAAACAAGAGACAACUCUUAGGUGGGGCUGCAAUCACCUGGAGGUUAGUCUUGAGAUUUUAAGACCAUCCGGCAAAUGCAAAGUGUGUGCUUAUUUCUUCGUGGUAUUUUAUUUUUCACUUGUUUGGACUCCAGACUUUGUUUCUGUAAUUGUUGUUGUGUUUUAACAUACAUUUACCUCAAACCUAACAGUCCGCAGUCGCCUCCCAUGUACCUGGCCCUUCAUUUAGCCUCGUUUGUGAAAACUUACUAUCACCCCCAAUUAUUUCCCCCUACCUCCUCCCCUAUAAUUUUUCCAUCACGUGACUGCAGUACUAGCUGAUGCUCCCACUGUUGUACAGUAUCCCUGUGUAUCGACUUUGUACAAGCUGGACUUUAUUUGUAUAUUUUGAGGUUUUAUUUAACGAAACAUCCCUAGAGAAAUAAAUCUUGGUAUCAACCCUACCUGUCCCCACUCCUUCCCCAAUGUCAGUGCUGUGACGACAUGGAUGUACUUGUAGAUGAAGAUGUUGACCUGCAGCAUUCAUCGUGCGAGAGGCCUUGACCUAGGUGUGUCUUGAGUGGUCUCCCCGCCUGCUCUGCAUCACCUUUAUUUUACCUGUUUAUAGUGUAUUGAGCACCUUGAUGAGUUUUUGUUCUCAUUAAUUAGUGUUAAUGACAUUUUCGUAUUUCAUAUUUUCAUUAUUUUAAAUGACUUGUGUCGAGUUCGUGUAUCCAUAAUAAUUUUUGACAUGUGUAGGCGACGAUUUGUGUGGGUUUUUACAUCAGUUCAGGUGUGUCACUGUCAUCAGUUCAGAUGUGUCGUUGUCAUCAGUUCAGGUGUGUCGUUGUCAUCAGUUCAGGUGUGUCAUUCUCAUAAGUUCAGGUGAGUCAUUUUGGUCAUCAGUUCAGGUGUGUCAUUGUCAUCAGUUCAGGUGUGUCGUUGUCAUAAGUUCAGGUGUAUCAUCAGUUCAGGUGUGUCAUUGUCAUCAGUUCAGGUUGUCAUCAGUUCAGGUGUGUCAUUGUCAUCAGUUCAGGUUGUCAUAAGUUCAGGUGUGUCACUGUCAUAAGUUCAGGUGUGUCAUUCUCAUAAGUUCAGGUGUGUCAUUGUCAUCAGUUCAGGUUGUCAUAAGUUCAGGUGUGUCAUUGUCAUCAGUUCAGGUGUGUCAUUGUCAUCAGUUCAGGUUGUCAUAAGUUCAGGUGUGUCACUGUCAUAAGUUCAGGUGUGUCGUUGUCACCAGUCGUGCAGUUGGUGCGUAUGUGCGCGCGUCCUUUUUAGUCUUACCUGAGUGCUGCCAGUGUAGGCUUGGUGUACACACACUUAACCCCGAGAACAGUCCUUGUCAUGUGCUUUGAGGCUCGAACCUCGGUCGACUCGCCUUUAGGCAGAUUUUAUUUGCAGCUUCUCCCCCGACCCUCCCUGGCAAGGGGCCAACCCUUCCGACAGGCUCGUAGUGUUUAUUGUUGUGUUUGUGAUGAUUACACACACUUACCCCCUGCUUUUAACAACAACUAGAACUUACUAAUGGUGACUUUUUUAUCUCCUCCAUCAGAUGAGAAGAUUGGAUGCUAUUUUUAAACCUAGUUGUGUUUAUUCUACCCAAUAAUAUUUUUCUAGCGUAUGCUUGUAUUUCAAUUUGUGAAGCAAGUAGAUAAACAAUAAUAAAAUUGAAGAACGGGAUUUCAUCGGACAAGUCUUUCCGCAAGCUUGUAACUGACUGCAGGAGACAAUGGAAAACAUUUUUUAGCUUCGCUUCCAUAAAAGGAUUGUCAUAUCAGGCUAAGAUGAUAAACAUUGUUGAUGAUUAUGCAAGGCAAGUGCUAAGUAAUAUAUAGCUGCAGGCUUUGGGUUCUUCCUGUAGUGUUGAAUUAAUGUACAAAGUUAAUAAUAAUGAUAGUAAACUUUGAUCUCAGUUUUCACGACCUCAUGGUAUUCGUGGAUUUUUUUUUCUUUUUUUUUCUUUUCAUUUUUUCUUUUUUUUUUUUGUAAGAAAGGAUCUCCCUAACACCCAAUUCAUCAUAGGCACAGAUGUGAUUACCUGAUUACUCCUUUGAUAGACCACAACGACAGCAAGUGACGGAUGCUGAUGUAUACCUGUGUAGAAUGUCACACACCUGGCAUCUCCAGUAGAUGUCCUGCCAGUCUCCACACUGCCAAGUCCAUAACGAGGCUUUCCAUCCUACGCCUGCACCAUGCGACCUUUGUGAUAUCAAUGUCUUACAAUGAAUAUGUCUAUACUCUGUUCAGGGGCCAUUUUCCUGUACGAACUGUCAUCAACAUUACCAUCAUGAUGUUUGUAAGUAACAACUGCUUAUCGACAAUGUCACCCACGCAGCAGACAUUUUGCCGGUUGGACUGUUGAAUCGCUCAGAUUCCUGUUUGGCAUGUGUUCCAACCUGUCUGUUAUUCUCAUCUGGUGCAAGGUUCCAUAUUCAGUAACGAUUCUCAUUAGCACAGGUUCUGAAACAGUCCGGUCUUAACUUCAGCUUCAUAUAAUAUAUUAUUAUAUUAACAUUCUCUGUAGGCUUGUUUCUGUAAGGUACGGGCUCACCUGGGGAACAAGCCAUGAGCAGUCUUUUCUUUCACUAGGACCAAAGUGGACAGCAUGUCGAGUGUCAGGUUUAUUUUCCCCUCGACAAAAUCUUUUUAUCCCUAUACCUGCAUAUUGUUUGAGAUUUUUUUUCAGUGACUAAAUCAAAUAAACGUUUGAAGAAUG